AUGCGUACUCGUACUUCAGUCACAAUCCACAACUUCUUCGAAAAACAUCAUCUGAUAACAUUCAGAUUAGGUUGGGCAUCUUUCAUAAUAUGUCUAAGUGCACUACAAUUUGGAUAUCACUUGGCUGAAUUAAAUGCCCCAGCAGAUAUCCUUUCAUGUAAUUUCGAUAAACCUGGUCCCUUACCUAGCUAUGACGAUACUAUAUGGUCACAAUACAAUUUCAAACAAUGCAUACCGAUGUCGGAAGAGGGUGUUGCAUUGAUAACUACCCUGUAUACCAUUGGUGGUUUAGUUGCUUCGGUGAUUUUGGGCUCAACUUCGAUCUCGAUGGAUUAUGGAAGAAGAUCGGUGUGUAUUUUUGCAUCGUUGUUUUUCGUAUUGGGAUCCCUGCUUAUGGUUAUGGCAAACUCUGCCUGGAUGAUUAACUUGGGUAGGUUUUUUAAUGGGGCAGGUGCUGCAAGUUCAUUAAUCAUGUCACCGAUUUUGAUAAAUGAAUUAGCACCCGUUAAUCAUCGAGGAUUAUUAGGUGCAUUGAUGCAGAUUGCUGUUUCUAUUGGGAUUUUUUUGGCACAAUAUGUUUCAUAUUUUUAUUCAAAUGAUCAACAAUGGAGACAAAUUUUUGUGGUGGCGGUUAUGAUCGCGUUGAUUCAGUUCUUGGGAUUGUUUUCUAUUCCUGAAUCUCCAAAAUGGAUGAUUAUGAAUGGAGGGGAUGAGGAUUUGGCAAGAUCAACGUUGUAUACUUUGAGGACUAAUAUUACUACCAUAGAAUAUGAGAUACAUCAUUGGCAUCAUUUAGCCAAAGGUACACAAUCCCCGGAUGAAAAUACACCAUUAUUGGAAGAAGAUGCGACUUCCGCCGUUGAUUCAGAUGGUUCAUCAAUCUCGAGUAGGAAAUCUCUAGAUCCUCCACUGAUUACAAUUACUGAUUUCUUAUUUGAGCAUAAAUACAGAAAACAAUUAAUCUCGGUGAUCUUAAUCAUGACUGGACAACAACUUCUGGGUAUGAAUGCAAUCACAUAUUAUGGGGUCAAGAUCUUAAACACCUUAUUCAAUAAUCAAGGCUCAGGUGGUGGUAAUUAUGUUCUUGUCUUGACAUGUGCAUUCUCGGGCGUGAAUGUUAUCAGUUCUAUUCUGGCCGCUCCAUUGAUUGAUAGAUUAGGUAGAAAACCUUUGUUGCUAGCUUCUAUUGGAUUAUGUGGCUUAUGCUCACUAGUAUUGGCAAUUGGUAUCCCAAACAAGUACGACGUUGCCGUCAUAACGGCGUGUUUUGGGUUUAUUAUUGGGUUCUCAAUUGGGUUGGGUCCACUUCCAUUCUUAAUGGUUUCCGAAUUGACCAGUCAUGAGGUUGUAUCGUUGGCACAAUCAUUUGGAACUGUUACCAAUUGGACUGCAAAUAUGAUGGUAGCGAUGUUAUUUCCAUUGUUGCAAAAUUUAAUUGGUGGAACUGUGUUUUAUAUUUUCUUUGCUAUUUCCGUGGCAUAUUUGGUUGCAUUUUAUUAUAAAAUUCCAGAAACUAAAGGAUAUCAUCAUUCUUCAGAUGUUUGGGAACAUUAUUAG